GGUCGCCCGGAGCCCGGAGCCCGGAGAGCAGCUGCCCACCAGCGCGGCCCGGUGUCGCCGCUGUCGUCCCGGCCGCCGUCGCCAGCUCCCCGCCCGAGGCAAUGUCCGUCGCCGCGGUUGCUGUCUGUGAGGUUGUCGGCCAUGCGGGCGCCCGGCCAAUAGAAGCACGACUGUGAGCUCGGCCACACCCACCCACCCGGACACCAUGCCUGGCUUCGGCGGCUUCGACUCGCUGCGGGCGAGAGUGUCCGGCGUCUUCUCGGGAAACAUCCGCUAUGAAGAAUUCGAAAUGCCCUCAAAACUUGGGUACCAGAAGUCGGAGGACGAGAAGGGCUUCGUGGACGCGGAGGGCGAGCUGGGCACCCCGGAGUCGCUGCCGGAGCCGGAGAGGCCUCCCUUGCGACACAUCGACAAGUACGUCCGCCCGGAGUGCCCGUGCCUGUCCAAGAGGUACACCGUCGCCCUGCUCACCUGCGUCGGUUUCAUAAUCUCAUUCGGAAUGCGCUGCAACAUGGGAAUGGCGAAGCUACAGUUCGAGCACGGGAAAGUAAGGUUCAACUGGACGGUGGCGACGGAGAGCGCCGUGGACUCGUCCUUCUUCUGGGGCUACCUGGUGACGCAGGUGCCCGGCGGCUUCCUCGCCUCCAUGUACCCCGCCAACCGGAUCUUCGGCACGGCGAUAGCGAUAUCCUCCUUCCUGAACCUCCUGGUGCCGGGCGCCAUAAUGCUGGACCCCAAGAUGGUGAUCGUCGUGAGGAUCUGCCAGGGGCUGGUCGAGGGCGUGACGUACCCGGCGUGCCACGGCAUCUGGAGGUUCUGGGCGCCGCCGCUUGAGCGCUCUAGGCUCGCGACCCUGGCGUUCUGCGGCUCGUACGCCGGCGUGGUGCUGGGCAUGCCGCUGUCCGGCGUGCUGACGGGCGGCAUCAGCUGGCACGCGCCCUUCUACUUCUACGGUGUGGUGGGGCUGAUCUGGUACCUGUUCUGGCUGUGGCUGUCGUUCGAGAAGCCGUCGAAGCACCCCACCAUCUCGGCGCGGGAGCUCAUGUACAUCGAGCAGUCGCUGGGGCAGAGCACGCUGCAGGCCAUGCCGACGAUGGCGACCACGCCGUGGAGGGCCUUCUUCACCUCCAUGCCCGUGUACGCCAUCAUCGUGGCCAACUUCUGCCGCUCCUGGAACUUCUACCUGCUGGUGCUGUUCCAGGCCUCCUACCUGCAGAACACCUUCCACCUCAAGAUCGAGGAGACGGGGUUCGUCGGCGCACUCCCGCACCUGCUGAUGACGGUCAUCGUUCCCCUGGGCGGCAUGCUGGCCGACCACGUGCGCAAGCGAGGCCUGCUCACCACCACCAACGUGCGCAAGAUCUUCAACUGCGGCGGCUUCGGCAUGGAGGCGGUGUUCUUCCUGGUGGUCGCCUACGCCACGACGGCCGUCGCCGCGACCACGGCGCUCACGUUCGGCGUCGCCUUCAGCGGCUUCGCCAUCUCCGGCUUCAACGUGAACCACCUGGAUAUUGCACCGCGGUACGCCAGCAUCCUGAUGGGCAUGUCCAACGGCAUCGGCACCAUCGCGGGCCUCAUCUGCCCCAUCGCCAUCGACAACAUCACCAGGGACCACACGCAGCAGAGCUGGAGGACGGUGUUCAUCAUGGCCGCCACGGUGCACUUCAUCGGCGUCACCUUCUACGCGCUGUUCGCGUCGGGCGAGCUGCAGCCGUGGGCGGAGCCCGUCUCCCUGGACGAGAAGAAGAACUGGAACCCCCUGGAGGACGCCUUCCAGGGAGCCACUCAGGGCGUGGACUCCCAGCUGAGCGGACACGCCGUCAGCUACGGCGCCGUGGAGCAGACGGGCGAGGGCCCGCCCCUGCCGGCGACCAAUCACGUGGAGGCUGUCCAGCCCGAGUCCAAGGACGGCUACUACAAGUACGGCUCCGUGGACGACACGUACUAGCCGCCCGCAGCAGCCGCGGCCGAACAUAACCUCAACCCGGCCGGCCCAACGCGUGCGUCGCGAGGCUUGGGCAGUGACCGCCCGCCGUUGUGUUAUCCUCGCGGGCGAAGACAGGACUGCCACAGCCUUGCCACUCAUGCGCCGUUCAAAACUCCCCCUGUACAUAUGUGAGCUAGUGUCCUGGCCCUUAUGUUCCACGUCAUGCAUUACCACUGCAACACGCUUCGUCGAUUUCUCAUCGGCUGUUCGUCGGCUCUAAGGAGCCGUUUGCAAUUUCGACCCGUACUGAACUUUAAAUGUUUGCUUCUGGAUCAUGUUAUUUGAAAUCACUUUAAACGAGAGAUUUUUAAAAAUGCUCAGAAGCAGAAUAAUCGUUCAAAUGUUUGAAGUCAAUGCUGUGGUAAAAUAUAAACGUGUAAUGUUCGGGUCACUGAUGUACGAGUGAGUGAAACAACCCCAAAUACAUGUUGAUUUACUGUCAAUUAUUGUUUAGUACCACGCUGUACGCAUGCUGGAGAAAAAAAAAUUGUAACAGCAAUUAAUUAGUCAGUUUCCUAGUCUGUGUGUUGCUGCUACUGGUAAUUAGUCGUUGUUGCUGUAAAGCAGUGGCUUCCCUCUCCAGACAAGGUUUAAAGGAAUGAUGUCAGGGUACUUGUUUUCUUUGUAACUAUUCGCGCAAGAACUGAAUUACUAUACCGAAAAUAUUUUAUGUACUGCUACAGGUACAACUAAAAAAUGAAAUAUUUGCUUAUUAAUUUUUAUUCAAACAAAGUAGUCUGAGAACGUUCAAAAAUCAAUGGAGGUAUGUAAUAAGUUGUCAGCUAAAAUAUUCACAAUAUAAAUAAUAAUAUAAAGGCCUAAUUAUUUAUUGCAAUACUUUUAAAAAUAAAUAUGUAUAAACGUCUAGUCCCCCCACCUACUUUAAGUUACCGUACUCUAUUGAGGAGACGAAUCACUAAAAAAUAAACACAUUUAUAAUAAUUUGUGAAGUCUUAAGUUAUUCGUCACAACGCGUGUUGCUGUAUCUAGACGUAAGUACAUAAUUACUGACAAUAAGAUAAGUUAAUAGAUUAGUUCCUUAUUCGCUUACACGUGUUUCCGUUGUGUGUAUAAUGUUGUUGUGUGAUAAGAUCUGUUAGUUGUGUGUAAAACACUCUUUUCGUCAAAUAAAUAUAUAUCAAUGUUU